AUGUACUUAUCCUUUUUAGUAGAUAAAACUUUAAUUUUACAAUGUCUCAGCAUUCAGAAAAAGAGUGUAUUGACGCAAGCACAACAAAUAUUGGUCUUUGCACAUCUCCUUUAAAUAAAUUUGUAUGGAAUAUGGCUAACACAAGAGUAUUAUUAGAUUUAUGGAAAGAUAAGCAUGUAAUGUAAGCAUAAACAUCUGCAAGAAGAAACACAAAUAUUUACAAACAAAUGGCAGCUGAAUUUUCAAACACAUUUAAUAUCAUACCUCCGUUAACUGGAUAUCAAAUUCAAUCUAAAAUUAGUAAUUUGAGGAAGCAAUUUAGACGAGAAAAACUUAAGGUUGGUUCAUCGAGAGGAGCUUUUAGUAAAUGGUGGCCUUACGAUAUUGUUGCCAAAAUAAUAGGUGGUGAAGCUUCCCUUGAUAAUGACCUUUUAUCUCAAAAUCAAAACUUUUCUACUCAAGAUUUUCAAGAUAGUCAGAUUGCCAGAAUGGAAGAUAGCAAGGGGACUGUCAGUAUUUUAAAUAUUGAAGCUUUGGAUGAUACAAGUGAUGUGCAAUCAAUUUUCACAAUUAUUGAUGAGGAACUAACUCAACCUACAUCUGGCUGCAAUAAACGAAGGAACUCUGAUGAAAAAAUUUUGAAUAAAAUAGCAAAAACUGAACCGGUGAGAAAAAAUAAAAAAACAAAUUUUUCAUCUGAAUAUUUAAAAAUAGCAAAUAGAAAUCUAGAUGUUCAAAUCCGUUCACAAGAGCUACGAAUCAGAGAGGUUGUUGCUUUAGAGCGUAUUUGCGAUGCAAUUGAAAAUGCAUCUAAAGCCCAAGUAGAUGUGUCUAAAGCCCAAGUAGAAUAUUAUAAAUUUUUAAUAAAAAAAUAAGGUGUUCUAUUAGUCAAGAUAUCUUUUUAGUAAUUAUGUUAAAGUUGAAAGGUCAGUAUUUUUUUAACAGUAUACCUUGUUUACAAUUCUAUGCAAUAUAUAUUUCAUAAGGUUUUUCAAUGUUUUAACUAAAGAGAUGGUUAGUGAAAUAUUGUACAAGCUUGUAGAUGAAGCUCUAGUUAUAUAUAUUUUUUCAUGUUACCAUAUUACUAUUAUCAAAGGAAUUUUUACUUU